UGGUUCAUACGUUCAGUGAUGCCUCUGCAGCCUACAGAGCGGUACAGGAAGAUACUACGCUCUGCGGGACCUUUCCGUGCAAGUGACGUGCGGUGAUCAGUCCUGACUUCAGAUUAUUUUAAAAGAAACAAGGAAAUUUGAGCGGAAAACACAGGAUUACUCUUUCAGGGGCUGCCGGACGGACUCCGCUCAGACAAGGUGCAGAAAUGUGGAAAUGCAGACGGCAAGGAGUGUGGAAUUGAGAAACUGGAAAAAAAGAUGCCAAAGAUGAAACAAUAAAGCAGAGCUAGAUUUGGGGCCUGUGCAGACUUUCUGCAGAAGCAGUCGGGUGCACAAGCCAACCGGGCCAAAAUGACCAUGAAAGGCCUGUCCAACAGCCGCAGUCAUCACACAGUGACCUGCGACCCAUCUUAUGACUCCAUGACUUUGGGGCACGCCAACCGCCGGUCCUACAUCCUCAACCAAGGGGAAGCUCAUCCCACUGAAAACCCCUGCUACACACAGCGGAGCGCCUUCCAGACUGAGUGCAGUGCCUAUCCUGACCUGACCAGCUGCACUUUCCCUCGUAGACAUUACAGCUCCCACCAUGAGCUGAAGGAAGAGUGCAGCGCCAUGGUGCCUUACACCGGGCCUACAGGGAGCUGUAAGGGAAGCGGAGGGAACAACAACCGCAUACCGUCAAACUUGCUUGAGCAGUUCGAGACCCAAGCUCCGUUGAGACGUGAAGGCUACCACACGCUGCAAUACAAGCAUACGGCAUUGGAGCACCAACGCAGUGACAGCCCUGGUCGAAUUCGCCACCUUGUGCAUUCUGUGCAGAAGCUUUUCACCAAGUCCCACUCUCUAGAGGGGCCCUCAGGCUCUGGAGGAGGUGGGAGUGGAAAGAUAAAUGGCAGCAAAUCCAGCCCAGAUGAUCCUCCCUCAUGCUCUGGGACCCUCAAGCACAGCAAGCGUAGUAAGAGCAAAGACCGCUCCAAGUCAGAACCCAAGAUGCGUACAACUACAUCAGGGUACUGGAGCUCAGAUGACACGCUUGACCGAGAGGUGUGUCUGUACCAUCAUCACCAAGGGGGUGGAAUUGGUUCCAUGCCUUCAGGGGUCAUGACUAUUGGACGCCACCCAGAUAAAUCCCAGUCACAAUACUUUAUGGAGUCCUACAACACCAUCAGCGCCCAGUCACUCAAGACGUCACGCAGCAACAACGACGUCAAGUGCUCUGCAUGCUCGGGUGGCAGCAGCGGAGGUCUGCCGCUGAUGAAUGCUCUCGAUGGACAAGUCCAGCUGAAGAAGAGCUCAUGGUCCUCUACGCUGACGGUGAGCAGAGCGAGGGAGGUGUAUCAAAAGGCCUCCGUCAAUCUAGAUAAAGCUCUCGUCAAAGCCGAGCCAGGACGCACUUGCCAUUUCUUACAGGUGCCUCAGGAUGACUGGAGCGGCUUCUCUCCGGUGGGGAAGGAUGAUGAGAUCCCUUGCCGGCGAAUGCGCAGUGGCAGCUACAUCAAGGCCAUGGCAGAGGAGGAUAGUGGUGACUCGGAUUGCAGCCCUAAGCCCUCGCCCAAGGUGCAGGCACGGCGAGCCAGCUACCUGAAGGCCACACAGCCUUCUCUUACUGAAAUGACCACACUCAAGAUUUCCACAGAGCACUCGCCCAAGCUGCAGAUCCGAAGUCACAGCUACCUGCGGGCAGUGAGCGAAGUUUCCAUCAACAGGAGCCUGGACAGCUUGGACCCAGCAGGGCUGCUGGCGUCGCCUAAAUUCCGCUCCCGCAACGAGAGCUACAUGAGAGCCAUGAGCACCAUCAGUCAGGUGAGCGAGGUGGAGGUGAACGGGCAGAUAGAGGCGGUGUGUGAGUCGGUGUUUAGUGAGAUGGAGUCGCAGGCUGUGGAUGCCCUGGACCUGCCCAUGUCCGGCUGCUUCCGGAUGCGGAGCCACAGCUACGUGCGUGCCAUAGAGAAGGGCUGCUCACAGGAGGAGGAAGAGGGCGUCGUCGCGCUACGUGAGAGGGGGACGGACUCCCCCCCGCGCACCGCCACUACCGUCCGAACCAUUCAGAGCAGCACAGUGUCAUCAUGCAUCACUACAUACAAAAAGACGCCUCCACCUGUGCCGCCAAGGACCACCCCGUCCAAACCAUUCAUCUCCAUAACGGCCCAAAGCAGCACCGAGUCAGCCCAGGACGCAUACAUGGAUGGAGGCUCCAGCCAGCGGGCCGGCAUCAGCUCCCAGCAGGGCCUCUCCAACUCCACGGAGAGCAUCGACAGCAUGAAAGCCCUGACGGCGGCCAUCGAGGCAGCCAACGCUCAGGUACACGGCCCCGCCAGCCAACACGUCACCAACAGCACCAUCACCAUCACCGCCACGGCAACCACCUCUGUCUCGGCCGACAGCAAGGCGCAGAGAGAAGCGCUCAGAAAGUGCCUCUCCAUCGGGAUUCAGGUGGACCCGGAGGAAGGAGGGCCAACAGACGAGCAAUCGAAAUUCCAGUCGAUAGGAAUUCAGGUGGAGGAUGACCGAUGUCACCGCAGGAUGACCCGGUCCAACAGCGUGACCACAGCUGUGCAGGCCGACCUCGAUGACCCGGCUGAUGCCCCUGAGCUCCCGCUGCGGCAGUAUGCCACUAUGCCUCGCCAGCAUUCCCACGACGCCGCCACCUCCACCGUCAGCAUCCAGGGCUCUGGGAACCACUACCACGCCUGUGCCACAGAUGAGUAUGGCGAGAUGGGCUUUGACCCAUCCAUCCUGCCUCCCCCGGACCCCUGGAUGGACAGCAUGCCCGAGCCGGCUGCAGCAGUGCAGGCCCUGGAGGCCGUGAGCAGGUCGGUGUGCCCCCGUGAUGGGCGCUGGUUCCUCAAGCUACUGCAAGCUGAGACGGAACGUAUGGAGGGCUGGUGCCGACAGAUGGAGCAGGAUGAGGUGGAGAAUGAGCUGCCUGAUGAGGUCCUAGGGAAGAUCCGCAGUGCAGUGGGGAGUGCCCAGCUGCUGAUGUCCCAGAAGUUUCAGCAGUUCCGGGAGCUGUGUGAGGAGAAUCUGAAUCCAAAUGCACACCCGCGACCCGUCUCCCAGGAUCUGGCGGGUUUCUGGGACAUGCUCCAGCUGUCCAUCGAGAACAUUAGCCUGAAGUUUGACGAACUCCACCAGCUCAAAGCCAACAACUGGAAACCUCUGACCCCCCCAGAAAUUCAGGAGAGAAGGAUGCCCCCCCCUGUGCCAAAGAAGCCCCUGAAGGGCCACCCACCUCUGGCUAGGGACCACUCGCUGGAGAGCUCUGAGCGCCAGCGCCUGGAGGCUCGCAAACGCUUGCUUGCUGCCAAACGUGCCGCGUCGGUGCGGCAGAGCUCGGCCACUGAGAGCGCAGACAGCAUUGAGAUCUAUAUUCCCGAGGCUCAGACCAGACUCUGAGACACACGGAAGCGUAUGCCUACAUGUCUAAUAUUCUACACUGUCUCAUAAACACUGUAGUAGCACUGAAUGGUAAGGCUAGGGUGCUAGCAUAAUAUAAUCACCUUUUCUGCCGACUUUCCAGAUCACUGUGGGUUCACUCGCCGUGGAGGGUGUCUGAACAAGAAUUGUACAUUUACAGUAUUUAUUGAAUUAUUUAUAUAUUUCACGCUCAUUUUCUUUUUCCCAGCUUCGAUGUAGCAAUUCUGUUCAUCACUCAAAGAUUUGUCUAAAAACAAAGACACCUCUUCUGUUAAUAUACAUGAGAAAGAGAUCAUGUCCUUGGCACUUUUACACAUUUUGUCACAUUACAAUCACAAAUUUCAGUGUUUUAUUCUGAUUUUAUGCCAUAUUAUUAUGGCACGAAUUACUGCUUUUACAAAGAAAGCCAUUCCUCACCAUGUUUCACAGUGAAAAUUUACAGCGUUAAUAUUCUACCAUGCGUAGUGUGUUGCAUCUCCACAGCAUGAUGCUGACACCGCCAUGUUUCAGUGUGCGAUAAGUGGGUUCACAAUUCUAUUGCACAACAUAAAGUAAAAAAGAAAAAAAUCUUAAUUUUACUUAUUUUCAAAAUUAAUAUCAUUGUACUGUACAUCAAUCUCUGCCCAAUCUAAUGUAUUUUGGUUUUGAUCUAGGAAGUGCACACCUAAGACUUUGUUAAAACAAGACCGCUGUCUGGAAACUGUCGGUAUUUUAGAUGUUGUUUGAGAAAAAGUUCCACAUUUAGACGACACUGCAUAACUGUUUAGACAACACCGCCAAGAAGCCUUGAAUCUGCUGUAGUUGUCAUGGCAGGUAUCUAUCUAUAUGGCGUCGAAAUUCUUGUAGAGAUGUAGAUGCAGUUAGAGAUGUAGAUGCAAACCAGACAGUUUAAGACAUCUCCAUAUCAGAAGAUGUCUUAAACUGAAAAUAUUGAGUAGCACACACAGUACAAUGCUAACCACCUUUUUUUUUGUUUUUUACUUUUAUCGCGAACAAAUCCUGCAGCUGUGCGUUCUGCACGUGUGCCCUUUCACACCUGCAGAAUACUUCACACCUCUGUCGGGGGUGUUCCAGAAAGUUCCACUCUAAGAGCAGGUUUCCUCAUCAGAGACGUGUAAACAAGCGGCUGGAACGCAACAAAAAUAUUUGGGUUUCACCUAAAAUCAUCUCCUUUUAAACAUAGUUUAAACAUAGUGUCAGAUUCUCACACCUGAGCUUUGGAACUCUGCCGCUCCCCCAGAGGUAUACUAUAAUGUUAUCUAACAAACCUCAAACGUAAGGCUUACAAAACAGUCAUAUUCAAACUGACAUUCAGUUAGGCACAAGUGAAGUCUCAUUAAAAGUGGGCUCAUUUUUAAUUAAUUUUAUUUAGAGGUAUCAGAAUAAAGAGGGCUAAAUACAAAAUCACACCACACUUUUCAAAUUUCUGUGUGUAAACGUGUUUGUAAAGCUGUGUAUUCUUUUCCAUUCACAUCACCAUCACAUAAAACAUGAAUAUUUGCGGUUGCAAUGUGACGUUAAAACAAGUUCAAAGCAUUUGAAUACUUUUGCCAGGUUGCGUAUUUGGCACAACUAGAUGUCUGUCUAAGCUUCAUUGGAGCAGUUUGAAAGGCCGGAUCUACAUGAGGCCAAGCAGUUGGGACUGCAGUCCUUCUUUUGAAGGAGCCACAGGCUUAAGUUUGUGUGUUUGCGUGUCACAACGUGUGUGUGCUUUCAUUCAGAUCUCAAAAGUGCUUCCUAUUUUUCUAGAGCCUAAAGAGUCCUGACUGUCAAGGUAGCAGCAUAAACAAACUGAGUCUGUCCUGUCUCAUUUCAACUCAGUAAGACGUCUGUAAAAAGGAAACACAAGUAUAACGUAACAUGACUCGCAUGUGGACGCUCUUUUUUAUUUUUAUUUUUUUUAACGUUUAUUCCUAGACAAGUGUUGUGUUCACACACCUCCUGUAUAUCAGACUAAGCUAAAAUACUGAUAUUUGGUACAAUAUAAUGUAGUUGUACUAUAUUUUUCUUAAAUGUCAUUUACAGCCAAGAGACGUCUUGGUAGAAUUGAGUCUAGAGAAGUGGAAAGGGACUAUUUCUCCUCACUGUGUGUGCAUCUCUGCCUCCAAAUGAAGCAAUUACUGAAGGUCAUACAGAAGAAUUCUAUUUCUAAUAUUUUGUAUUCAUGUUUAAUUUAUUGAUGGGGGAGGGAUGGUUGUUUAUUGACAUUGUGAUUAUUAUUAUAAAUAUUAAUAUGCACGAACUAUACGGCCCUUAUACUGUGUUUGGGUUUUGUUUAUUGGCUCUUCUGCAUGAAAGGCACCUUUUGGGUUUUUUCUUCUGUUCCUGUGAUCAGCCUUAAUUUCUACUACAAUAGUUGAGCACAACAGCAGUCUCAGGGGAAGGGGAGAGGUUGAGUGAGUGUGUGUGUGUGUGUGUAUGUGUGUGUGUGUGUGAGGGUGUGAGUGACUGCGUGUCUUACUUCACAUGAGUGUUUUAGUAAAUCAGUAAAUUCAAAUGUCAUGGAAAAGUUUAUUUACUACAGACAAAUUGAAAAUUUAACAUGGAAUAAUAACACAGAGUAAAAUAUUUCAAGGGUUUUUAUUAUAGUUAAUUUGAUCAUUUUAUUACAGUUGUUAGUUGUUGUUUUCUGGCCAUGUGAUGGCAUACACAUUCAUAUGGGGAAAUUUUGACUUGCCAGUGUUGCCGUUACACAAGUAAGAAAAGUUAAUUUCUAUAGAAGCUGCCUGGGUCGCAGCAUACCAAGGAAAAAUUUUGUGAAAGGAAAAGCUGUUACAUCGGCUAUAAGUAGAUAAUGAUUCUUUUUAGAAAAAAAAAGAUCCUGUGAAAUAUUUAAAUCCAAAAAAAAAUAAUCAUAAUUGUCUAUAAAGUGUCAUCUUUAAAAUUAGCUGGAAUAUAUUACUCUGUGUGUAAUGAAUGCCUGUAUGAAUUUAACAUUUGGAAUUUAAUUACUGCAUUAAGUACUGUUUCUAUUCUAAUCUAAUUUAUUGAACUGCACCUCUACUGUAUGUGACCCAAAGUUCCAUCUCUUGUUGUGUUUAGUCCUUCUUAUAAGGAUUAUCCCACAUAAACUGAAAAUAAUUUCUGCCAUAUUCUGAACAAUUUUGAUGUUGGGGACACUUGACCCAACUUUCUUCAACUGUAACAAGGUAUUUCAGUCAGCUGCUUGAAUGUGGAGACAAUCCUCAUCCGGCCUAUAGUCAUUUUUAUUAGUUUAGCUAACCGAACAGCAGGAUGUCAUGUGCAAUUUAGUUGUCCAUGUUGAUCUGAUAACGUUUGUGCCAUUGAAUAUGCGGGAAUACAUUUGAUCCUGCUAUUUUACCUUACAAAACAGCUACCUUACGUUUUCAACAAGAAAGAAGUCAUUUGUGACGGAAGUGAUGAUGUAAUCUUACAAUUGGUAUUUCUUUUGCUGGAUGGAUGAAAUUUUAGAGAAUACACAUAAUAUUUUUGGUCAAGGCCAUUUUAGUUGUUUUUUUUUUUCAUUUAUUUUUUUAUUUACUUGUAUUUGCAUUAAAUUGUCUGAUAAAAGAUAGAACCUCUAUUUCUGUUUUUUAGUAUAACAUAUCAGUAUAAACCUCCUCAUAUAGCAGGGAAUUAGAAACCAGAAUGUUGAAUUGUGGGCAACAAUCUUGACACUUCUGAAGCUUGUGAUGUACACCAGCAUCUCAAUAAAUUAAAAUAUCUUUGAAAACUUAGCCUAUUUUAAUAAUUCAGUUUAGAAAGUGAAACUCAUAUGCACUCGUUACACAGUGAUAUAAUUCAAGCUUUUAUUUCUACUCAUUUUGAUGAUCAUGACUUAAUACAAUUUUAACCAAAAUUGUAUUAGCAUUAACGUUAGAUAACACCAAAUAAAAAUAAUUUUCAAUAUCUAAUGCCAGGGCUACUGAAAGCAAUGUAAAUGUACAUUAGAGUAUAUACACUUAGUACUUGGUUGGGGCUUCUUUUGCAUGAAACUACUGCUUCAGUCUGCUGAGACAUGGAGGUGAACUGCUGGUGUCUCUGUAGUUUAACAGAGUUCAGGUCAAGAGGGUUUCCUGGCCAGUCAAACACAGCAACACUUUUGUGAUUGAAUAUUUGAAUGGACUUUGCUUCACCGAUACCUUUAAACCAGCAGUUACCUGUGUGCUCUGUCACAUUUCUUCACCCGUUUUACUGACUUUUACUGAACUUUCAAUGCAAGUUUCUCGAACAGCUGUGAGCUGUGGUAGCUUACUCUCCUUGUGGAGGCUGUCAGUGACAACUGUUGGAUAACUAUCAUGUCUGCAGUCUUCUCAAUGAUCGCAUUACCCAAAGGUUCAAGUACUUUGACUUUUCCCAGCAUGUUUUACAUCAUAAAACAAAAACAAAUAUUUUUAUCCAGUUCAAAUUUCCAAGACUGAUGUUUUUAAAAAGUAACCAAAGGGUUCGUUGGAGUUGUAAUUUUGAGAAAGUUGAGACACUGAGCAUAAUAAAAAGCAAAUGCCAUUGGUUUUUUCCAGUUGCAUCCAGGUUUUGAGUUAAGAGAAUAUGGGCCAGCAGCAGAAUUUUUUGAAAAACUUGAUUCUCUGAAAUGAUGGCUAUUCAUUAGCUGAAAGACAUAAUCAUUAAAAUUAAGACAAAUAAAGGCUUUAAAUAUCACUUAAAUUGUAAAAUUACAUGAGUUUCACAUUUUGACUUGAAUAACUGAAAUUAAACUUUUUGACGAUAUUAUAAUUUGAGGUGCACCUGUGGUUGGUCAGAUAAAUAUUUGUACAUAAAUGAAUGUUUCCCUAUGUAAAUGUAAACUAAAACACAUGAAUAACACACUGAACAGAUAUACAUUUUGUAAUUAUGUUAUUACACUGUUGAUGUUAUGGCACAUGUAUAAGCUCUUAUCAGCAUUAAAGAAAAGAGUCCUUGCUGUUA